GAUCGUUGGAGGAAUGGUAGAGUUGAUUGCGCGGCUUAAGUCUCCUGUGUGGUUUCCAAACAAAGCAUUGCAUUAGUCCGUGUUAUAAAGUUCGCAGUAGUUCCUCUUCAGAGAAAGAUCGGACUGUGCUUCCUUAGAUCUGCUGCACAGUUUUUCCAGGCAACCUUUAAAUGCUUGAAAAAGAAAUGGCUACAGAAGACAGCAUGAUGCAAGACAUUGGAGGCACGUCAGAUGUCGCCUCGGACGCCGAGGAUGGCGCAGGUGGCGCUGCGAGCGGCCAGUCUGAGGCUGGGAACCAGGGCUGGGCCGACGUCAUGACCCGGCUGCUGAGCGCGCCCGCGCCCAAAAAACGAUACGUCGUCUUAGCCAAGGCGAAAAAGACUGUGCCCUCCGAGGAAGUGGAAGAAGAAGAGGAGAAGCAGGAGCAGGGUCCAGGGUUUGAAGUGGAGGGAGCCGAGCCUGAGGAGGCGCAGAAGAAGCCGGCCAAGUCCCGCUCGACGGUGCGGCCGCGCGCCGUGCGGAGGAAGGCGGAGAUCGACAGGCGGAAGAAGCUUCGAGAAUGGGAAGUGAUGGGACGAAAGAAGCCUGACAUCCGAGAGAAAGACAGGGAAAAGACCCUGUGCAAGAUUGCAACAAGGGGCGUGGUGCAGCUGUUCAACGCGGUGCGGAAGCAGCAGCAGGAGGUGCAGGGCCAGCUGAAGGAGGCCGGCGGCUCCAUCCGCAAGACGGAGCGGGCGCUGAAGGGCGUCAGCAAGCAGGCGUUCCUGGAGCGACUGCGCGCGGGCGUCGACAGCGAGCCGGCGCCGCCGGCCGCCCAGGAGCACGGAGAGGAGGCGGCAGACGGCCGGGCCUCGUGGAGCGUGCUGCGGGACGACUACCUGCCCGAGGCCGGCCUCAAGGACUGGGACCAGGACAGCGAUAUGGCCGACGACGACGGGUCGGCCGGCGAGUCCGACGACAGCGCGUGACCUGGCGUUGACCUUUAGAUGGGAGGGGAGGGGGCAGCACGGUGAGAUGGAGACAAUACACAGGAGACUAAA